AUGUCCUUACCCCACAUUCAUUAUGUUCUAGAAAACAACAUAGGAAACCAAACCAUUGUUACACAAUUCUUCUUGGAGGGAUUCCAAAGUCAGCUACAGCUGGCUCUAUGCUUUCUUUUCAUACUAAUGUAUGUGUUCACUUUGCUAGGGAAUAUCGGAAUGAUCACUGUCAUCACUGUUGAUGCCCAACUUCAGAAUCCUAUGUACUUCUUCCUGAAGAACUUAUCCUUCUUAGAUGUCUGCUACUCUUCAGUUAUCACUCCCAAAGCCAUGCUGGCCUUUGCAACUGGGAACAAGACCAUUUCUUACAACGAAUGUGCCAUACAAAUGUUCUUCUUCUCUCUCUUUGGGACCACUGAAUGUUUUUUCUUAGCUGUGAUGGCAUAUGACCGGUUCAUUGCAAUCUGCAGUCCAUUGCUUUAUAACAUCACCAUGUCCAAGAAGACCUGUGUACUUCUGGUUGCAGUUUCAUACUUGUUUGGCUUUCUCAAUUGUUGCACCCAGACGAGUCUUACAUUCAGCUUGUCCUUUUGUGAGCCAGGGAAAAUCAACCAGUUCUUUUGUGAUGUCCCAGCUGUCAUGAAGGCCUCUUGCUCAGACACUUCUGCAAAUGAAAUUGUGCUCCUAGCAAUGUGUGGUUUUAUUAUAGUUAUAACAUCCAUGAUUGUCCUAAUCUCCUAUAGCUACAUUGUGGCCACAAUCUUGCGCAUACCCUCUGUGGAGGGCAGACACAAAGCUUUCUCAACCUGUACUUCUCACAUCAUGGCUGUAAGCUUGUUCUUUGGCACAGCUUUCUUCAUGUAUGGCCAGCCUGGGGCCAUUUCUUCUCCUAACCAAGGCAAAGUGGUCUCUGUGUUCUACACCAUUGUAAUCCCAAUGUUGAACCCAUUAAUCUAUAGCCUAAGGAACAAGGAGGUCAAAGAUGCCUUAUGGAGGCAGCUAAAAAGAAAGGCUUUGUUCCACUGA